UUUUUAACUCGGAUUCAAUCUUGAUCAUCAUCAUCAUCUUCUUCUUCUCGGUCUUGUUUUUCACACCUCGAGACUACUUGCACAAGAGUUAGCUGAAAAUUCUUGAUCCAUGGCGUCUCUCAGUUUUACUCAGAUCAGAGGCAAGAACCCAGUUGCUGAAUUUUCCAGGACUCGUCCAGAGUUGGGUUUGACUCGGCCUUACAGAGUUGGGUUUAGGGUGUUUGCCUCUGAGUCUGAGACCAAGGCCGAGCCUGAUCUUAGUGUUACUGUUAAUGGUUUGCACAUGCCCAAUCCCUUUGUUAUUGGCUCCGGUCCACCUGGUACAAACUAUACGGUCAUGAAGAGGGCGUUUGAUGAAGGGUGGGGUGCUGUGAUUGCCAAAACUGUGUCACUGGACGCAGCAAAAGUAAAAAAUGUCACUCCUCGAUAUGCUAGGCUACGAGCAGAUGCAAAUGGCUCACCCAAAGGGCAAAUUAUUGGGUGGGAGAACAUAGAACUGAUAAGUGAUCGACCUCUUGAAAUCAUGUUGAAAGAAUUCAAGCAAUUAAAACAAGAGUAUCCAGACAGGAUUCUGAUUGCUUCAAUUAUGGAGGAAUAUAACAAAGCUGGCUGGGAGGAACUUAUUGACCGUGUCGAGCAAACUGGAGUUGAUGCCUUUGAAAUCAAUUUCUCCUGUCCUCAUGGUAUGCCAGAACGCAAGAUGGGUGCUGCAGUUGGCCAAGACUGCGCACUUUUGGAAGAAGUCUGUGGAUGGAUUAAUGCCAAAGCUACAAUUCCUGUUUGGGCUAAGAUGACUCCUAACGUCACCGACAUCACACAGCCAGCUAGAGUGGCUCUGAGCUCAGGAUGUGAGGGGGUGGCCGCUAUUAAUACAAUCAUGAGUGUAAUGGGGAUCAAUCUAACUACCUUACGGCCUGAACCUUGUGUGGAGGGAUACUCAACUCCCGGAGGCUAUUCUUCUAAGGCAGUUCAUCCUAUUGCACUUGCAAAAGUGAUGAAUAUUGCAAAAAUGAUGAAAUCAGAGUUUGGUGAUAAGGAUUACUCACUUUCUGGUAUUGGGGGUGUUGAGUCCGGUGGUGAUGCUGCUGAAUUUAUUCUGCUUGGAGCAAAUACUGUUCAGGUCUGUACUGGGGUCAUGAUGCAUGGAUAUGGUAUGGUGAAAAAACUCUGUUCUGAGCUUCAGGAUUUUAUGAAACUACACAAUUUCUCAUCUAUAGAAGAUUUCAGGGGGGUUUCCCUUGAAUAUUUUACAACACAUACUGAUUUAGUACGAAGGCAACAAGAAGCAAUACAACAGAGGAAAGCUGUCCGGAAAGGUUUGCAAUCGGACAAGGAGUGGACAGGAGACGGCUUCGUCAAAGAGACUGAAAGCAUGGUUUCCAACUAAAUUACACAACCAUACAAGCAUUGGCCGGCAUAUGAUUGAAAUAUAUGGGAUGUUCAUCUUUUUUCUGGCGUAGAGUUUAGCCCAAAUUUCUUUUAAUUUGGAGAAAUGAACUGUAUGUAUUAACAUCUCAGUUGAUGUAAUAAGUUGUUAAGAUAUAUACUUUCCAAACCAUCCAAUCAAGCUAAUUAGUUUUUUUUUUU